AGAAGCCCCAGGCGCCCGAACCCCCGCCGCCGCCGAGCCUGGAAGCGGGACCGGGAGCAGGACCCCCAGAGGCGCUGGUGGAGCCCGACCGCGACAGCCCCAGGGAGGAGGACGAGCUCAAGCUGGCGCCCGGCCCUCAGGUAGGAGCCAGCGAGUCCGGCUGCUCCGGCGCUUUCACCUCCCGGAGCGGGGUCGGGGCGGGCUUGGGGAUAGACCUUCCUCUCCCGGCUGGAGCCGGAGCCUUUCCCCCAGGGCCGUGGCCGAGGCGUUCUCCCCCGAGGCGGGAGUGAAGGCCAGACCCUUCUCCCCAAUGCCGAGGCACGGCCUGUCCUGCCCUCCUGAGACCAGGCUGCCUGUCCUCUCCCAGCGCCUGCAGCCGGAGGAGAGGCUGAACGUUCUGGUCGCACACCCACACUGGUACCGGCCCGAAUCCGGAGAGCACAGCUCAGCUCUCUGUCCUCCACCUCCCGCCGGGCCCACCUGCCCCCUAACCCACCCACAGGCCAUUUCAGGGCGCUGGGGCUGGAAGGCUGCAGCCUUUUCCCUCUCCCCACGGAGGCGGCUCCACCCUUUCCCCUCGCUGCCUGCAGCCACUGCCCCCUCAGCAGCUGUGCCCCCAGCUCCUGGGGCCUCCCUCCUCACCCUGCCAACAGAGUAGUUGGAGCAGACAGGCCGCCCAGAAAACUAUUUGGUGGAGCUCCCGCACUGAGGUGGAAACCCAACAGAGCCCGCCCUUUCUCCCCUCUGUACCCCUGACCCCCGAGGCAGGCCGCUCGCGACCCUCAAGUCCCUGGGUUUGGCGAAUCCUGCUGAGAGCGGUAGGAGGGCUCUCCAAAGCUUCCAGCUUGCCACUUGGAGGAAGGUCACUUUGUUUCGAGCAAAGAAGAUAAUGGGAGGUACUCUGCCAGUGUUCACUGAGAGGCCGGGAUGGCAUGAGCCACAAUUGCUCUGGGAGGGUUGUAGCACCUGGGGCUGGGUGGCUCGCCCUAAGCUUGCUCUGACAAAAGAGUUUGAGUUGGUCUUUUGGCUGAGCCUGCCUAGGAAGGCAGGCUCCUGCAGGAGUCUUGGAGGGUCGGAUACAGCGCCGGAUGAGGAUGAGGCGUGGCGGAAGAUGCGUUUGGCUCUGCAGACACUGCAUCGGGCAGCAGGGGACUCUGGGAGGCUGGUGCAGCCAGAAGGCAUGGCUCUUGACAGCCUUCUAGUAGAAUCUCUGGAAUUGUGCAUCAUCCCCUGAGACUUUGCCCAGCCUAGUUUAAACGGACUCUAGAGACCUGGUACCUCCACUGCUCAGAGUUAAACCUGUUCCCUCAAGGGCCUGGAGCAGAUGAUCAGACAGAAGAGGAAAGAAACUAACGGGUAUUGAGCACCUACUGUGUGCCAGGCCCAGGCCAGGUUCCCCCCACCUCCAGCCAGUCUGUGCAGACUUGCUGCCUGCUGUGUCAUCGGGAACGCAAAGGCUGGGAAGAAGGCCCUUCCCAAAACGGACUGGUAUUGCAGGGUGAGAAGCUGCCCCCUGACUUCAUGCCAAAGCUCGUCAAGAAUCUCCUAGGCGAGAUGCCUCUAUGGGUCUGCCAGAGUUGCCGAAAGAGCAUGGAGGAAGAUGAAAGGCAGACAGGUCGAGAACAUGCAGUGGCGAUCUCCUUGUCACACACAUCCUGCAAAUCACAGUCUUGUGGGGGUGACUCUCAUUCUUCUUCGUCUUCUUCUUCAUCGUCCUCAUCCUCGUCCUCCUGCCACGGGAACUCAGGGGACUGGGAUCCCAGCUCGUUCCUGUCAGCACAUAAGCUCUCAGGCCUUUGGAACUCCCCACACCCCAGUGGGGCCAUGCCGGUUAGCUCGCUUGGGAGUCCUCCUACCAUCCCUGGUGAGGUUUUCUCCAUCUCGGAGCACCACCGGCACUCAGACCUCACUGCUCCACCUAAUAGCCCCACCGGCCACCACCCCCAGCCAGCAUCGCUGAUCCCAUCUCACCUUGGAUCCUUUAGCUCACCACCCCACCCACAUCUGCUGCCCACCACCCCAGCAGCGCCUUUCCCUGUCCAGGCUUCUGAAUGCCCUAUUGCCGCUGCUGCCACUCCCCACACCCCAGGGACAUGUCAGAGCCCCCAUCUGCCCUCCACCAGCUUGCCGCUCCUGAAAAUGCCCCCACCAUUCUCAGGGUGCAGCCACCCCUGCAGUGGGCACUGCAGCGGGCACUGCAGCGGGCCUCUCCUCCCGCCACCCAGCUCUCAGCAGCUUCCGAGCACUCACAGCAGGGACCCUGGGUGCAAGGGGCACAAGUUUACACACAGUGGCCUGGCCUGCCAGCUGCCCCAGCCCUGCGAGGCAGAUGAGGGGCUGGGCGAGGAAGAGGACAGCAGCUCAGAACGUAGCUCCUGCACCUCAUCCUCCACCCACCAGAGGGAUGGGAAGUUCUGUGACUGUUGCUACUGUGAGUUCUUCGGCCACAACGCGCCACCCGCUGCCCCGACGAGUCGGAAUUAUACCGAGAUCCGAGAGAAGCUCCGCUCAAGGCUGACCAGGCGGAAAGAGGAGCUGCCUAUGAAGGGGGGCACCCUGGGAGGGAUCCCUGGGGAGCCCGCCGUGGACCACCGAGAUGUCGAUGAACUGCUGGAAUUCAUCAACAGCACGGAGCCCAAAGUCCCCAACAGCGCCAGGGCCGCCAAGCGGGCCCGGCACAAGCUGAAAAAGAAGGAAAAGGAGAAGGCCCAGUUAGCGGCAGAAGCUCUAAAGCAGGUGAAUCGUGUUUCUGGAAACCGGGAAGCAAGGUCUGCCAGAGAAAGGCUCUUGGAGUGGCCUGACCAUGAGCUAGAUCGGGUCAACAACUUCCUGAGCAACCGUCUGCAGGAGAUCAAGAACACUGUCAAAGACUCCAUCCGUGCCAGCUUCAGUAUGUGUGAGCUCAGCAUGGACAGCAAUGGUUUCUCUAAGGAGGGGGCUGCAGAGCCAGAACCCCAGAGUCUACCCCCCUCAAACCUCAAUGGCUCCUCAGAGCAACGGCCUGACAUCAGCCUUGACCUGUCCCCUUUGACUUUGGGCUCCCCUCAGAACCACACGUUACAAGCCCCAGGCGAGCCAACUCCACCCUGGGCAGAAAUAAGAGGGCCCCACCCACCAUGGACAGAGGUGAGGGGCCCCCCACCUGGUAUCAUCCCUGAGAAUGGGCUAGUGAGGAGACUUAACACUGUGCCCAACCUGUCCCGGGUGAUCUGGGUCAAGACACCCAAACUAGGUAACCCUAGCUGUGAGGAGCCAGGUGCAAAGGAGGUCCCCAUUUGCAAGCAAGAGCUGCCUGAGCCUGUGGCCUCAGUUGGGAAGCCACGGAAAGGCAAAAGACAGGGCAGUCAGGCCAAGAAGAAUGAGGUGAGCCUAGUUGCCCGGUCCCCAGCCAGUCUCGAGGUUCCCAAUACCAAGGGCCAGACUCCCAGCCCCAAGCAGCCAGGUAAGGCUCCAGAGCCUCCCAAAGAGGGCAGCUGUGCCGAAGCUGGAGAGGGAGGCGGAGGGAGCCAGCCAGGACCAGGCUGGGCCAGCAGCCCCAAAACUGACAAGGAGAAGGUCAGCAUCUGGCGAAACUGGCCAGGUGAGGCCAAGGCACGGCCUCCAGAGCAGGAGUCUGUGCAGCACCCAGGCCCAGCAAGGCCACAGAGUUUGCCACAGGGCAAGGGUCGCAGCCGCCGCAGCCGCAACAAGCAAGAGAAGACAGCCACCUCCUUGGACGAUGUGUUCCUGCCCAAGGACAUGGAUGGGGUAGAGAUGGAUGAGACUGACCGGGAGGUGGAGUACUUCAAGAGGUUCUGUUUGGAUUCUGCAAAGCAAACUCGUCAGAAAGUUGCUGUGAACUGGACCAACUUCAGCCUCAAGAAAACCACUCCCAGCACAGCUCAGUGAGCUCUGGCCGGGUCAAGCUUCUUAAGGGUGUCCUGAGACCCCAACUGCCAGCUGACGGUCUACAGUUUCUUCCUCCACAUCCCCACCUAUCCAAGACUCCCCUGCUCCCCACCAUCCUGGACCGACCAAAAGCUGAAUGGAUGCCGUGCUGUGCUGGGGCCCCUCAGGACCUCCAGAGCCGCUUCCUGGUGCUACACAGCCUCCACACUCAGAGCCUGGGGGCUGGGCUGGCCUAUGGGCCGGAGCUGAUGGUACUGCUGGCCCAACACUGCUCUCUUUGUGUUUGGUUUUUUUGUUUUCAUUUGUUUUUUGUUUUUUUGUUUUUCAAUUCUUUACUUUUGAUACUGUGAAGAUCUUUCCUGCCGAAAGAUAAAGCAACAUUUGGACACAGUC